AUCUGUAUGACAUAUAAUCGGUUGUCGUCAUGCAUUUUCGAAAUGUAAACAAUAGUAAAUAAUUUUACGUCUUUAAAGCUAUGUAUAGGUAUAUGUCUCAUCGUUCGAUUAAUCAUCAUAUACGUAAUAACGCCAGAAUAUAUCGACAUUCGUGAUCAUGAGUUAACUUCAAGUAAUUAAUGUCAAAAGUUAUAGAAUGGAUAUUACGGAUAAUGCUGAUGGAUAUUUAGAUCCACGCAUACAGAUAGAGUUGGAGAACUUGAAUGAUGCAACAGAUGAUAUUAACAAACUUGAAACUGAAUUAGAUGAAGCUCACACCGCUUUCAGACAAUUAUUGUCUGAGACUACAAAACGAUUAAAAGAAAUUUUAAAUAAAGUAGGAAAUAGUUGUGUUGAUAAAGCAAGAUGUUAUUAUGAGGCACUUGAAGUCACACGUCAAGCUCAGGUACAAUGUCAACAACAAGCUCAAUUAUUUCAAAGAGCAAGUGAAAUCCAUGCUGCAGCAAAAGAAACUGUAGCUGUAGCAGAAAGUCGAUUUAUGUCUCAUCAGCAUGAAUGGAACUUUGAUCAGGCAUGGCAGGAUAUGUUAAAUCAUGCAACCAUUAAAGUUAUGGAUGCAGAAAAUCAGAAAACAGAAUGCGGCCGAGAACAUUAUAGAAGAGCAGUGCUAUUCCAUGACGCUAAGAAGAAGUUAUUAGAAUUAGAAGAAAAGCAUCGUCGUUCUAUAAUAAAAGCGCGACCAUAUUUCGAAGUUAAAGCUCAAUGUGAUCAAAUGUUAGCAACGCAAAAAGAGAGGGUUGAAUGUUUACAAAAAGCAAUACAAGAUGCAAAAACUAAUUACGCAACGAGUCUCCGUAGAUUAGAAGAAAUUAGUAAUCAAAUACAUCAACAACGCCGAGAUUACGAUUUCAUAGCCAACGGACCUCGAGAACCAGGUGUUGGUGCGGAACUAGUUAGUCCACAGAAAACUUCAAAUUAUGACACAGAAUUGAAUCAAUUAAAUAGCAGUAGGGUAAAAGACAUUACAAAAAAUCAACAUAAUGAAUACGAUAGAAUUCAAGAGUAUAAUAAUACAUGUCAAUUACAAGAAGAUAGCGAACACCUUGGGAAAAGGUCAGUUGAUGGAAGUGAAACAACAUCUUCUCAAUGGGAGUUAGAAAUGCAAGUUAACAUAAAAGGUCUGAAUAAUGUAUCUCUUGAAAAUUCUGUGCAUAAUCAUGACAGUACGAGCGAAAAUAUAUCCAAUUUACAAUUUUAUGACGAGGAAGAUAUUAAAUCAAACAAUUUCACGUCAGACUUAAGAUGUAAUUUUUUGCAAAGUAAACAAUUUUCUAUGCAUGAUUUAAAUCAGGAUCACAAAUUGUUGGAGAAUUUUCAUACUUCCGAGAAUCCAGUAGCAAAUAUGUCGUUAAUGACACGCGUUGAAGGAUCAGAUAUGACAAAGGAUAAAUUUGGUGAUUCAGUAGUAUUAAAUAAAAGUAACUUAUCAAAAUCUUUAGCCAAUAGUCCUAAAAAACCGAGAGAAUUGAAUUUACCAUUGACGCCUGCUAAUAAUGUAAAAAGUACGAUAAAAUAUGUGCCAACCAAAAUUUCCAAAUUUUGCUUUAGUUAUAGGUCUCAAAGCAAUAGCGAUAUUAAUUUGUCUUUCACUAGUGAUAUCAAUUCUAUAGAAAAAUAUCAAAGUUUGGAUGAUAUUUUAGACAAUAAGACUGAUAAUCUUGAAUUUGAUAAACAAGUCAUGAAUUCGAAGUAUUACAAUGAAAUAUAUACAAUGAAUAAAACUUAUAACAAUGGCCUAAAUGUCACGCGAAACGUUCAUUCACCACGGUGGCAUACUCGUAGCAAAAUAUACUCUCGAUCGAAGAAAGAAAUAGUACCGGUAGAAAAAUCAUUUAGCUCUAAUUCCACAUAUUGUUUAUCUAAUGGUGCCAGUUCAUCGGUACAAUUAAAACAUGCAGUGAGUUUAUUAAGUGAAAACUCUUCGAAUAGAGAGAUAACCGAUGAUUCUAAUAAAUUUUCUGCUCUUAAGAAACUAACGAAAAUGCCAUCGAAUGUUAAAGAACUACCGUUGCUAUCGUUGCUUGAGAAAAGACAUUUGUCAGCGGAUAGUAAAGGCAAAAGCUGUAGCAUGAUUAAUUUAGAUGACAAGCGAAAUUUUAUGUUAUUAAACGACACAUAUUUCAAUAACACAAGACCUGUAAGUACAGAACAACUAGAAAACUUGAAAGAUAAUUUAUUUCUAAGGACUUCAAGAUAAGGAAUAAAGAUUACAAUCAUAUAAAAAAGAUGUGAUAAAUUAUACAAUAAACCUAAUAUGAAAGUUUUUAACAAAUUUAAACGUUAUUCUGUGGACGGACAUUAUUUAUUUUUAAUUUUGCAAACAAGGUUAGUGUUAUUUUUUUUAUUCAAACUAAAUACUACUGACUUCGUACACGUUUUUAUUGAUGACACGAAAUAAAUCAAUCAAAAAAUAGAAUUGUUUCAUAGUCACGUUAUAACAGCAUAUGCAAUUUAUGUUUGUCUUGAAAGUAGUUGCGCUAAUAAUUUUCAGUUAAUUUGCAUACAAAAAAAUGAUAAGAUGUCGAAAUUUUGCAUGCUUAGAAUCAUACUUUACAAGUACUUUAUUUCAAACCAAACUCAUUAACUAUAUACUGUUGUUGCCAAUCGUAUAUUCUCAUUAUAGAAAUCUUUAUAUUAUGUAUAAAAUACACUUUUAAUAAGGCCUAUUCAAUUUAUAAAACUUCUUUUAUCAAACUCUAUUACAAGAGUACUUUGUUACGAACAAACUAUUUGUACAAGUAUCAUUUUUUACUAAUUAGUGCCACUAUAUUAUAGUUUAAAUGGUAAUAUAAAAAGUGAUCUGUAUGUUAAAACAUUUUACACAAUUUUUGGAAUCUCUUUUUACAGUGGUGUAAUUUUCUAAAUAUUUCUUUUAUUAUCAUGUUACAAAUUUAAUUUAACAAACAUUUCAUAUUAGUAAACAUUUAUUUUCCUGGAGUACUUUAUUUAUCAGACUAGUCACUUCAUGAACAAAUUCUUUAAAGUUAAUUUUAAAGUUUCAAUGAAAUUGGUGUCUCGAAAACUGGAUAAAGAUGCUUUUUGUAAUUAUAUGUUUGAGUACAAAAAUAUAUAUGAUUGUAUAUAUACUAAGCGUGAUUAUUUUAGUAACAAUGAUUUUGUAAAUACUAAUUUUCAUAUUACAUACAAUAUUAUGUUAAUGUUGUAGAUUAUUAUUGGGAGUUAUAAUUUAUAAGAAUUAGUCUUAGUUAACAAUAUAUUUUAUUAUAAUUAUUUCAGAAACAAAAUAUAAAACACAUGUAAAAAUCUGUUGCUGCCUUUUCCUAUGAUUAAUUCUUCUUGACAAAUCUUAGAACUUAUGCUUCAUUGUUAAGUUGCUCCCGAGAUUUAUCAACAGAGUAUUUUUCUUUAGAGGGAUGCCAAAGAAUUAUGAAUUAAACGAAUAUAAAGAACGAAUAAGUACAAACAUGUACUCGCUUUAAUUUACUGAUUUAAUUAACUUAUCAGGAGAAUGAUCUGCUUUAUCUAACGAGUAUUCUACGUUACUAACAAAACAAUUUAUCUAACGUGUAUUCUAAAUUACCAGCAGAGUAAUUUGUCAAACAGCAUCUCUUAUUUUAUGUUCUAAAUUAUUUUAUAUUUCGUAUUAACGAAAUACAAUUACGAGCAAAUUAUAAUUUAUGAACAAAUUUGUGUUAAUAUACAAAGUGUUAGCCCUGUGCGACUGAAAGUUAACGUGCGUAAUGUGUUAAAAUUGCCCUGACAAUGAACGCGGAAUAGAUGCGCUUCUAUCGAUGUGGGUAUUAAGCAUGUAGGCUAUUUUGACGGGAAGAUCACGUGAU